AUGUCCGAUUUGAAUUCUUUUUCAACAAAAUCUACUUUGAAAAAAUUUUUUAUUGAUCAACAAUAUUCAAAUGAUAUAUGGCAAGAUUUAUCGGAUGUAACAUCAACAUUUAUGUAUGAUGAUCAAAAUCUUGAUAUAUCAUCAUUAUCAAAUGAAAAAAAUACAAAUAGUUGGCAAACAAUUAAUGAUUAUAAGGCAAUACCAAAAUCAUAUGGUUUCGAUAGUGAACAAGCUGGUUAUUGUCGAUUUGAUCGACAUGGUCAUUGGCUUCUUGUAUCACCUUCACAUCCUUUUCACGAUGAUGGGAAUAAAGCUAUUACAUAUGACGAUACGAAACAUUUAUCAAAAGAUUCAAGUUCACAACAAAUUGAACAUACAUUUCCUGAUUCAUGUGAAAGUUUAACUGUUUCUAUCGAUUUUCAUGUACCAACCGAUGAAUUAAUAACAGAUAAUGAUGAUACAAAUGGACAAAAUAUGGCUGUUUGCAAUAAUCAAAUACAACACUAUGAUAAUAUAACAUCAGAUGAGAUAUGCACAAUUCCGAGGUAG